AUGUUGAAAGAACUGAGCGAUAACUUAAUUGGAAUAAUCCACAAGGAAAUUAAACCGGUUCAAGCAGAGAUGGCAGCGAUAAAAGAAUCCAUGGAUUAUAUGAAUAAGCGAUUCGAUGACAUCGAAAGAGACCAAGAAAAUGUGUUAAAAACCCAUAAUGAGCUUCAGGCUGAAAAUAAAAAAAUGAAUACUACUAUCAUCGAGCUCAAUAACUGCUUGGCAUCGGCUGAGCAGCGUCUUAAUUCCCUAGAUCAAUAG